ACUUGUGCGAACAACUAAACCUAGAGGCGGAGCGACUGUGUUUCCAUGGAAACCGAAGUAUCAAUUCUAAAAAGAACUGGAGUACAACUACAAACUAAGCAAUUUGAAUAUGGAACUCUCACUGGGUGAGUUUACAUCUGCUGGGUCAUUGGAUGCCUUGUGUUCCCUGCUCAACCCUUCCGUAGAAGAGGAUGAAGGUGACUGUAGGGGUCCAUUAGCAGCAUGUGUUGGGCCAGGAGAUAUUGGACCUGCAAGGAGCCAUGAGCCAGUUUCAGAAAUGGGCAGAGACAGGAGGAAUAUCUGGGAUGAAUCAGAAGUCACAGAGGGUGCAGAAUUUGAAGACACACUGGAUCUGAGAGAACAGCCAGAGUAUGAAAUAUUAUUUAAGCAGCAAGUUGGAACAGAGGAUAUGUUUUUGGGAAUGUCGGGAAAGGAUACAUCAACAGCCUGUUGUGAGCAAAUGGUGAUUCGAAUCCAGCUGCCUGAAAUAAAGGCUUCUGAGGUGUCGCUUGAUGUUAAGAAAACAUUUCUAAAUCUGCGCACUCCCAAACACAAACUUGCACUUCAUCUUCCAUAUCCUGUCGAUUCUGACAAUGGAAAAGCCAAGUUUGUGUCAGAUACAGAAUCGCUGGAAGUGACUCUCACUAUGACUCGAGAACUGGAUUUCAUCAACUUCCGUUAGAAAUGGACAGAAAUGCACAUUUGGGAAACUGAAGAGUCUGUGUUGCAAAAUACAUGACCCAUAUUAAGCUCUGUUUUUCUAAAAAUACAUAUAAAUUAUUUAUUAAAUGCAACUUGGUUUGAUAGUUUCAUGUAGUUUGUUCUUACUGAUACUAAUCUUUAGGGUGCACUUUUUACUAUGCUGUGUUUAAAAGGAAUGCAAAUAUAGUUUUAGCAUCGAAUAUUCCUUUUCUUCUGGAAAGAAUAUGGAAAUAAUUCCCAGUAUUGCUGACUUUAAAAAAUAGCAUAUAUGAGGGGAAAAGUCCUAUUACACUUUUCAGAUGCAAACAUUUAUUAAGUGACUUUUUUAAACUUUUACAUACUGUCAAACGUAGACUCUGUAAUGCCAACAAAAAUUCUGCUUCUGCGCUUAUUUACUGGCAGUAUGUAGCAGGAUAGUCAAAAGGCCCUGGCAUCAACUUUGCCACUGUACUCUUUUGUAAGGAUGAAUUAUUAACUAACAUAGUAUACUUUUGUUCUGUGGAUUGGGUGGGACUUGGUGUUGAACUCCACUUGGCUGCAACAAAAUGUAAAUUGCACUUGUUUAGAGAUUUCAUUUUAUUAUUUAUAUGACAAGGAUUUACACUUGCUGUAUUAAGUACUGCAAUCAAGUUUUAGGAAAGGCAUUUUAUUUAAGGCAUUUCUGGUUUCUAAACUACAACCACCAGGAGCAUUAUCAAAUCAAGGCUAUAUGCACCUACAUACUGUAUGACGGGUCUGUGUUUAUCAGAUCCAGAUAAUUGAUCCCAUAAUUGCAAAUUUAUAAUUAAUCAGUAAGUGCAUCUGAAACCCUUACCAGAGCUAAGGGUCUGCAUUUUGUGCUUCUAGGAAUAAUAUUCCCACAAUUCUAUUGCGGAUCCAGCUACAUUAGUAGGUGCACAAUGGUGUGCAGAUUGUUAAGGAAAAUACAAUACCUAUGCAAGUAAUUCAUAUUGCAAUUACAAUAUAUUUUAUUAUUCUUUAUAGAUUUCAGGCUUAUUAUGCAGAGCUUUGAAGAGAUUAUUCAUCAUUUACAAAAAGCCUGGUCCCUGUGGAGUUUACAAGAAGUGCUUAAUUAUCAGAUAUGGUAAUCUGUAUGCUUUUAACAUUAAAUUACAAUACUGCAGGAGUAUAACACAUAGUUGAAAGAAAUGUGGAAAAAUGGGAGCAAUAUAGAAACUUCAUAUGUGCAGCUGAUGCCAUGUCUUCAGUGAUGAUGCCAUAUCUUCAAUAAACUUUGAUUUUCAAGCAA